AUUGGUAAAGAAAACAAAACUGCAUCAAAUUAAACUGUUAUUCUUUUCCAAAGUGUAUGUACUAAUAAUCGUACUAAUGGAUAACACAACCGAAAGCACUGUACCGGUUAAAAAGGAGCAGUUAUCCACAAUAAUUAAGGUGGAGGAAGUUAUGAUAUCGGAUGUUUUGGACGUUCUGGAUACGGAACAGAAACUGCAAAACCCCGAGAGUGGCCAGUAUUGCUUCAGUGAGACGAUUCGAUCGGCAACUGAAUCGCCCAACGAUCUGGAGAAUGAAAAAGCCGUUGUAACCAAACCACUACCCGAGUUGCCGACCGCAGCAGCGGCUAGCGACGAAGUAGCAGUUUCCAGUUUCAGUCACGCGGAGAAUGUGGCGCCAAACUCCACUGCUGCCCAUAGGGUAACAGAAUAUUGCUGUAGUAUUUGCGGCAAACAGUACCAACGGGAGCGACCGUUUCUACUGCACAUGGACGUUCAUACGAGCACCGAAUUGAUUCAGUGCGAUAUUUGCAAUACCGAAUUCCUCAGCAGGGCUGGGUUGGAACGGCACAUCCAACGAAUGCACAAAACCAAAGUAAGGAGCUGUGAGAAAUGUAACAGAAAAUUUACCACACUCAGCAGACUAAACUUGCACAUGUCGAUUCAUGAAACGAAGAAAAAUUUCAGAUGCGACAUUUGUGGCUAUAGAUUUUAUCUGAAGGAGAAAUUAUUAGAGCACCGUAAAAUGCACAGUUCGAUGAAGUGUGAGUUUUGCGGGAAAGAAUUUACGUCGCGUUCACAGCUAAGACAUCACCUUUCGUCCCAUGCCGAGGAACGGCAGCUCGACUGUGGCGAUUGCGGUUCAUCGUUUAGGUCAAGUUUCGACUUGACAAUCCACAAACGAACGCACAGUGCGAAACUAGCGCAUCAGUGCGAGUUUUGCGGAAAUCAGUACGAAACUCUUUCACGGCUAAAAGCGCACGCAACGUGUCACACCGAGGACCGUCCAUUCCACUGUGACAUUUGUGGCUUCUCAUACAAGGCUGUUAACGAUUUAAAGAAGCACAAAAAAACGCACAACUACACCACAACUGAACGUGCAUUCAAAUGCUCGGUUUGCGAAAAAAUCUUUGCGACCGCUUGCCGUCUCACCGAGCAUAUGGUUAGCCACACGGAAGAACGACCGUUCGGGUGCGACCUUUGCAGCUCGUCCUUCAAGACGGCCAAGCAGUUGAAGGUUCACAAGAAAAGACACAGCCGGUACCGGCCGUACAAAUGCGAAAUCUGCUCCAGAGGGUUUAUGUUUCGCUACAAGCUCGUAGAGCAUAUGCCGGGUCACACCGGAGAGCGACAGUUCAUGUGCGACAUUUGCGGCUUGUCGUACCUGUCGAAAUACUAUUUGCAGAUGCACAAGAAACUUCACCAGGACCCCAAGGAGUAGACCGGUGUGUCUUCAGGA